AUGCUACAAGACUUCACUUUCUGCCCAUGUUUCGGAAACCGAAGCUCCGACGAUACCGAACCCGACCGUGAUCCGGUUCUAUUGGUGUCCGGAAUCGCAGGUUCCAUUCUCCAUUCAAAGAACAAGAAAUCCGGGUUUGAGACUCGGGUAUGGGUCAGGCUUCUAUUGGCUGAUUUGGAGUUCAAGAAGAAAAUCUGGUCUGUUUACAAUCCAAAAACAGGUUAUACAGAAGUAUUGGACAGUGACACUGAGAUUGUAGUCCCUGAUGAUGAUUCUGGGCUAUAUGCAAUUGACAUUUUAGAUCCAUCAUGGUUCGUGAAACUUAUUCAUUUGUCCGGGGCAUAUCAUUUUCAUGAUAUGAUUGAUAUGCUUGUUAAAUGCGGAUAUAAGAAAGGAACCACAUUGUUCGGAUAUGGUUAUGAUUUUCGGCAAAGCAACAGAAUUGACAAAUCAAUGGAAGGUCUUAAAGCAAAGCUGGAAGCUGCCUAUAAAGCUUCUGGGGGUAGAAAAGUUAAUAUAAUUUCACAUUCGAUGGGUGGACUCCUGAUUUCAUGUUUCAUUUCACUUCACAAAGAUUUGUUUUCUAAGUUUGUGAAUAAGUGGAUCUGCAUUGCCUGUCCUUUCCAAGGUGCACCAGGAUGCAUCAAUGACUCUCUGUUAACUGGAUUGCAGUUUGUUGAUGGUUUCGAGAGUUACUUUUUUGUUUCAAGGUGGACAAUGCACCAACUGUUGGUUGAGUGCCCAUCGAUCUAUGAAAUGUUGCCAAAUCCAGAUUUCAAGUGGAAAACAGAACCACAAAUUCAAGUUUGGCGAAUGCAAUCAAAUGAUGGGGAAUCUUCUGCCAAAUUAGAGUCUUUUGGUCCUGUUAAAUGUAUCACUCUCUUUGAAGAAGCAUUGAGGAAUAAUGAGUUAAGUUAUAAUGGAAACACCAUAGCUCUACCAUUCAACUUCUCUAUCCUCAAAUGGGCUGCUGGUACCCGUCAGAUUCUUAAUGAUGUUCAAUUGCCAGAAUGGGUCUCAUUCUAUAGCAUUUUUGGGACAUCAUUUGACACACCUUUUGAUGUCUGCUAUGGUACAGAGACAUCCCCAAUAGAGGACCUGUCUGAUGUGUGCCAUUCCAUACCCCAGUAUUCUUAUGUGGAUGGAGAUGGAACUGUUCCUGCUGAAUCAGCAAAGGCAGAUGGUUUUGCGGCAGUGGAGAGAGUAGGAGUUACUGCCAGUCACCGUGAGCUGCUGGGUGACAAAACAGUAUUUCAACUUAUCCAGAAAUGGUUGGGAGUCGAGCAAAAGGUCAGUAAGCUUUCAAAGACAUCUCGAGUGGGGGAUGCUUCCUCCUAA